AAAUUGAUUGAAUGGUUUGCGAUGCAAGCAAGUUUACUUUUCUGAUUUUUCUUUUCACAAGUAAUUUUUAGUUGAAGAUUACUUUAUUUCAUAGGAUUUGUUUAUGUAAAAGUGUUGCAGUGAAGUGUGAGGUUCUAGAUUGUAAGUGAAUAUGGCAGAUUUUCUGGAAUCUGAGGCGGAGGAGAGCGAGGUAGAUUCAGAAGAAGACGAACAGCCAGCGGAACGUAAAAAACCAAAACGUAAGGCAGCAGUUCAGAGUGACGACGAGGAUGAAGAAGAGGAAGAUGAUGAAGAACGUCUUCGAGAAGAACUAAAAGACUUGAUAGAUGAUGCACCUAUUGAAGAGUCUGGAAGUGACGGAGAAGAUUCAGAUGCUAGUGCAGGGCCUAAAAAAAGAAAAAAAAGUGACGACGAACUAGAUGACAGACUAGAAGAUGAAGACUAUGAUCUUAUUGAAGAGAAUCUUGGUGUCAAAGUAGCCAGGAAUAAAUUUAAACGUUUACGACGUCUAGAAGAUGAUGACAGUGAUAAUGAAGGUGCCGAUGACCCUGAAUUAGAGAGAGAGGUCAUUGCAGAAAAACUUUUUGUUGGUGGGUCAGACGAGGAAGAUGAGAACAGAUCAGAAUCUGCUGCGCCACGAGGCGAAGCAGAGUAUGAUGAUGAAAAUGAAGAUUUGGAGUCGGACGCUGAUGAUUUCAUAGUUGAUGAUGAUGGAAGGCCAAUAGCUGAACGCAAAAAGAAACGCAAACCCAUAUUCACAGAUGCAUCGCUACAAGAGGGUCAAGAUAUAUUCGGUGUAGACUUUGAUUAUGAUGAAUUUGAGAAAUAUGGAGAAGAAGAUUACGAAGAUGAGGAAGACGAAGAUUUGGAUGAAUAUAUCGAAGACGAGGAGGAAGAUGGUGAAAGAAGGCGAACUAAGAAGGGUAAACCAAAACGGGCGAGUAAGAAAUCUAUAUUUGAAAUAUACGAACCUAGUGAACUGAAGAGGAGCCACUUCACUGACUUAGAUAAUGAGAUCCGUAAAACAGAUGUACCUGAGCGUAUGCAGAUACGUGAAGUGCCCAUCACUCCUGUUGAAGAGGGUAGUACAGAGUUAGAGGAUGAGGCUGAAUGGAUAUAUAAGCAGGCUUUCCUCAAACCCUCUGUAUCAAAAGCAGACUCACAAGAUGCUAGAGAAAGGUCUAGAAGGGGUUCGAGUACAAUAACGAAAAUUCGUCAAGCACUAGAUUUCAUGAGGAACCAGACAUUGGAAGUGCCGUUCAUAGCUUUCUAUCGUAAAGAGUAUGUGCAACCGGAAUUGAGUAUAAACGAUUUGUGGAAGGUCUACAAGUAUGAUGCCAAGUGGUGCCAACUAAAGCAGCGUAAAGAGAAUCUGUUAAAAUUAUUGGAAAAUAUGCGCGACUUUCAACUGGAUAAGGUGAUGUUAGAUCCGGAUGCGCCGAUACCUGAAAACAUGAGGCUCAUCAGGGAUGAGGAUAUAGAAAGGUUGAAGAACGUGCAGACUUCAGAAGAGCUCCGCGACGUGCACACUCACUUUCUUCUGUAUUACUCUAACGAUCUACCAGAGAUGCAGAAAGUGCAGCGAGCGAAGGAGAAGAAAAAAGAACUGGAGGAUAAGAAAAAAUUCGCCCGUGAAGAAGCAGAGAAAAACGGUGAAGAUCCAGAGGAGGCUGUCGCAGAAGUCGUGGCGAGGGCAUCUGAGGAAGAUGACCAACCACAAACAGAAGUGAAGUAUGCAGUACGAUCUGGACCUUACGAGCUCUGCAGGAAGGCGGGCAUUGAACCCCUGGUCAAGAAAUUCGGUUUAACACCGGAGCAAUUUGCGGAGAAUGUGCGCGAUAAUUAUCAGCGUCAUGAGGUGGACCAACAACCUGUAGCUCCUAUCGAAGCUGCCGCUCCAUAUACUGGGAGUAUAGGUUCAGCUACGGAAGUGCUACGGAGGGCUGUAUACAUGUGCGGUGUGCAACUUGCCCGCGAGCCUUUGCUACGGGGCACGCUGAGAGACGCGCUACGGGAACGUGCUACGCUCACUGUGCGCCCCACACAGCGCGGAAUGAAGGAGAUAGACGAGAACCAUCCCUGCUACAGUUUGAAGUAUUUGAAAAAGAAGCCUGUGCGUGACUUAACUGGUGACCAGUACUUGAAGCUCACAAUGGCUGCUGAAGACAAACUAUUAGAGAUAAAUAUAAGCGAGCAAAUUGAAGGCAACACUAGUCCUAGUUACCUAGAAGAACUCAAGCAACUCUACCAAAAGGACGAGUUCGCAGCAACAGUGCAAGCUUGGAACGAGUUAAGAGCUGAAGCUGUGACCAUAGCACUUACUAAAAUAGUUAUGCCAGAACUCCGACGAGAAUUACACUCUGUACUACUGCAAGAAUCCAAGGAAUAUGUGCUCAAGUGCUGUCGUCGUCGCUUGUACGAUUGGCUCAAAGUGGCACCGUACGAGUCCAGAGUCUCCGAUGACGAUGACGAGGAGUGGGACACUUCAAAUGGUCUCCGCGUGUUAUCUAUUGCAUACGUACCGGAACGUACGCAUUCUGCGUUCGCGUGCGUGGUCGCCGCUGCCGGGGAAGUGGUGGAUCAUCUGCGUUUACCACACCUAUUGUAUAGACGCAACGCGUGGGACGCGCUAGAACGGAAAAACAAGGAAUCAGAUAUGGCGGCACUUAGAAGAUUCAUAUUACGUAAGAAGCCUCACGUCAUAGUAAUCGGUGGCGAAUCUCGCGAAGCUCUCUCCGUGAAAGCAGACGUGGCGGAAUGUGUCCAGCAGCUGGUGGAAGAUGACCAGUUCCCUCGUAUACCUAUAGAGAUUGCAGACAAUCAUAUCAGCAAGAUCUAUAGCAACAGUAUUCGUGGCAGGAAUGACUUCAGAGAGUACCCGGACAUAUUACGCCAAGCGGUAUGUCAGGGACGUCUUCUUCAAGAUCCGCUCAUGGAGAUAUCUCAACUUUGCGGUCCAGAUGAAGAAAUCCUUUGCCUCAGAUACCAUCCGUUGCAAGACCAAAUAGCCAAAGAGGAUUUACUCGAGGGUAUAGAGUUGGAAUUUGUGAAUAGAGUGAACGAAGUCGGCGUCGACAUGAAUGAGGCGAUAUUAACAGGAAGAGGCACUGAGUUACUUCAAUACGUCUGCGGUUUAGGACCAAGAAAGGCCCAAGCGUUAAUAAAACUCUUCAAGCAGACUAACCAAAAGUUGGAGAACAGAACUCAGUUGGUCACAGUAUGCCAUAUGGGACCUAAAGUCUUUAUUAACUGCUCUGGUUUCAUAAAAAUAGAUACCAGCAGUCUCGGUGAUAGUACGGAAGCUUACAUUGAGGUAUUGGAUGGGUCACGUGUGCAUCCGGAGACUUAUGAAUGGGCUAGGAAAAUGGCUGUUGAUGCCUUAGAAUAUGAAGAUGAAGAUGCUAAUCCAGCAGGCGCUGUGGAAGAGAUUCUCGAAGCACCAGAGAGGCUGAAAGAUUUGGAUUUAGAUGCUUUCGCAGAAGAAUUGGAGAGGCAAGGGUUUGGAAACAAAUGUAUAACAUUGUAUGAUAUUCGAGCUGAAUUGAACUCUAGGUAUAAAGAUUUAAGGGUUCAAUACCGAUCGCCCACGCCCGAAGAGUUGUUUGAUAUCCUUACAAAAGAAUCUCCAGAGACAUUUUAUGUGGGUAAAAUGGUGUUGGCUUCGGUGAUAGGCAUAACUCAUAGGAAGCCGCAGCGGGAGAUGUUAGAUCAGGCCAAUCCGGUGAGGAAUGACGAAACAGGGUUGUGGGAAUGCCCCUUCUGUCACAAGAAUGAUUUUCCCGAAUUGUCGGAGGUAUGGAAUCAUUUCGAUGCCGGCGCGUGUCCGGGUCAGGCGACCGGCGUCCGGAUCCGGCUGGACAACGGUCUGUCCGGUUAUAUACAUAUAAAGAAUCUGUCGGACCGGCACGUGGCCGAUCCUACCGAGCGCGUCCGGAUCGGACAAACGGUACACUGCCGGAUACUAAAAAUAGACGUGGAAAGGUUCUCUGUGGACUGCACUUCGAAGUCAUCAGAUCUUUUGGACAAGAACAAAGAGUGGAGACCUUCUAAAGACCCUUACUAUGAUCAAGAGGCGGAAGACAAAGACGUCCGUAAAGACAGUGAGGCGAAACAGAAUAAAGAACGUAUGCAGUACGUGAAGCGAGUGAUAGUGCAUCCAGCAUUCCAUAACAUCUCGUUCGCUGAAGCGGAGAAGCUAAUGGAGAAUAUGGCACAGGGCGAGGUCAUAGUCAGGCCUAGUAGCAAGGGUUCAGAUCAUCUGACUGUUACUUGGAAAGUAGCAGAAGGUAUAUAUCAACACAUUGACGUACGAGAAGAGGGCAAAGAAAACGCAUUUUCGUUAGGUCGAAGUCUCUGGAUACAAGGUUCAGAGUUCGAAGACCUCGACGAAAUCAUCGCCCGGUACGUAACGCCGAUGGCGGGCCUCGCGCGCGACAUGAUCUCCUACAAAUAUUAUAAGCCGCUCGGCGGAAUGAGGGACAAAGCCGAGGAGGUGUUGAAAGAGGAGAAAUCAAAGAAUCCAAACAAAAUCCAUUACGUCAUAUCGGCGGCGAAAAAUCACCCGGGCAGAUUUUUGCUGUCUUAUCUACCGCGGUCGAGGUGUACGCACGAGUAUGUGUCCGUGACGCCGGACGGUUAUAAAUUCAGGCAGAGGAUGUUCGAUUCUCUAGGGGGGCUGUUGAAAUGGUUCAAGGAGCACUUUAGAGAUCCGCCGCCGAGCGGGACGCCCGCUCAGCGAACGCCGGCGGUUCGAACGCCCCACGGCGGGAUGACGUCUACUAUGUAUCACACGCCGGCGGCUCACACGCCAGCGUUCCACACGCCCGCUCACACCCCCGGCCCCGCUUACAUCAACACUCCAUACACGCCCUCCGCUCAAACUCCAUACAUGACCCCGUUCGCGACCACGCCCCGCCAGCCGGACUUCUUAACGCCGGCAGUGCCGCGGCACAAACCUGUUCAAUUACCAGUGUACACUGAACCCGCCGAUUGGCAGAAAGCGGCACAGGAUUGGGUGAGGCAUAGAACGGCGCGAGACACGCCGGCGACGCCGCGCAGCAGCGAGGGGGCGUCUACCCCCCGCCACAGCAGGACCCCGCGCGCUACCCCCCGCCACGAGUCCCGCUCUACCCCCCGCCACGACGUCCGCUCUACCCCCACGCACGGGCAUCACUCCGGUCGAUCUUCCCGCGCUCACUCGGUCCGAUCUACACCCCACACUAACACCUCCCCCCGCUCUAUGUCAUUAGGCGAUGCGACCCCCCUAUAUGACGAGAACUAGAAAGACUGAACGGUUGAUAACACUCGGAACUUUAUUUUUGUACUGCUCGGGGCCCCUCGAGACUAGUAUGUGAUGGUGACGCGACGUUGAUAUUAUAAAUAUUUAUUUAACCUCUAUCUAUCUAUCUAUCUGUACUUAUUUUUAUUUACUGUCUCCUGUAAACUUCCGAUCGCUGAUAAAUUCUAGUUAGCUGAUAUUUCAAUAGCAAUAAUCAUGUAUCGAAAAGAGUUAUAGUAUAUUCCUGUUACCUUUGCAGUUUUCUAUUUUAAUAUCGGAUUCUAUAGUCGAUUGUAAGAUUGCAAUUGUGAAUGUUAGAUAUUGACAGGAGUUCGCGGUUUAAAAGAGAAAUUAUUUAUUGUAUUGUUUGUGUUAUGAUAUAUCAGGUAUCGUCGAUCCAUUUGUAUUUUUACCAAGUGAUUUGGUAUUUGUAACAGUGAUUUUUCAACAGUUAUGACAGGCCUGUGCUUUGAAUGAAAGAGGUAAAAAAAAAGUUGCUUAUUUAGAUACAAUUAUUUUUGGCUACAUUUAUAAUAUUUGAAUUAGGUAUUAUUUAGGUAAUAUAGAAUAAUUUAAAUUAUCAUUCACUCAAGAUGGAAUAAAAAGAUAUGCAUUUAUAUGACUAAAACGCCCCUCGGCAUAGGUGAAACAGAAAUACUUAAUUGUAUAAUUAUCCUUACAAUUCCGUGUUUCGAUAAGAGGUACUCCGCAAUUGUAUGAAUUUACAAGAAUAUUGCCUUAGGGAUGGUUAGUGAAAUAAUUGAAUCAGCCCACACUACUAUGACCGUUCUUAUACCAAACGUAAUCAUAAUAAAAGAAUGACAAUUACGAAUU